CCGGCGCUGCCGGGGCGGCGAAGCCCUCCCGAGGCCGCUCGGGACUCGGCGGCGCUCCUGCAGCAGAAGCGGAAGCGCGGGCGAGGAGGACGAGGGGCCGCCGGUCUCUCUUGCUCUCCUCUGCCAAAAUGCCGCGCCGAGAAGCGCGCGGCUGCCUCGCGACGCCCUGCGCCGUCGCCGCGUGCCUCCUCUUGUCGCUCUUCACCCGCGCUUUGGCAUUAAAUAUUGCUGCUGAAGAAUUAAAGGAUCAGAGCAAGAUUCUGGUAUCUCAGACAUCGUGGAAAAACGGAAACUCACGUAAAGUAAGCAAGGAACUAAAAGAAAUUGUUUUUGUCAUCCAAAGCCAAAGGAAUUCUUUUCAUUCGAAGAGAGCGAAUGACCUAAAACAAAAUAUUUUAAAACAGGCUGCCGCUCUUGGGAAGGAAACACCUACAGUCCUGCUUAUUCAUCUGUUGGAAAGGCAUGAGGGUGCAUGGACCAUUCUGCCACUAAUGCAUGACUUUUCUGCUUCAUACAGCAGAAACUCCUCAUGGAUUUUUUUCUGUGAAGAAGAUACAAGAAUACAUAUUGUAAGACUGCUGGAAACACUUAGAAGAUAUGACAAAUCUAAGGAUUUUUUUUUAGGCAAAGCAUUACAUGAUGAUGAAUCUACAAUUAUUCACCACUAUGCCUUUGCUGAAAAUCCUACCAUUUUUAAAUUUCCGGAUUUUGCUGCUGGCUGGGCGCUCAGCAUGCCACUUGUAAAUAAGCUUGCAAAGAGGUUGAAAAAUGAACCUUUAAAAUCAGAUUUCACCAUAGAUUUGAAAUACGAGAUUGCACUAUAUAUUUGGGAAAAAGGCAACGGACCACAUCUCACCCCAGUGCCUGAGUUUUGUACAGAAGAUGUUGACUCUCCUGAGACUGCUCAUUGUGCCACUUCAUUCGCCAAUUUUCUCCCACUGUGUGGUGAUCCUGUGAAGAAAACAGAUAUCUUUGUUGCAGUAAAAACAUGCAGAAAAUUCCAUGGAGACAGAAUACCCAUUGUAAAACAGACCUGGGAAAGAGAGGCCGCUCUUAUUGAAUACUACAGCGAUUACAUGGAAACUUCUAUUCCUACUGUUGACUUAGGAGUGCCAAAUACCGAAAGAGGGCAUUGUGGAAAAACGUUUGCCAUUUUGGAAAGAUUUUUAAACCAUCACCCUUCUACAACACCUUGGUUGGUCAUUGUGGAUGAUGACACUUUAAUAAGAUCUGCUUCCCCUGAAAAAGAUCCUGACUGGCCAGCCGUGACUGGUAUGGGAGCUGGAGAACCUUGUACCUACACUGCCGAAGGCGGCCUCACGGCCGCAUUCUAG